AUGGGUAGUGAUACAAAUACAUCUCUUAUACUUGGUAGACCAUAUUUGUUAACAGGAGGAGUAAUAAUAGAUAUGCCUUUAGGCAAAUUGAUUUUUAGAGUAGGAACAGAAAAAGAGGAAUUCUCUAUCUCUAAAGGUGUUAAGUUCCCAUCUUUUGAUGAAUCAUGUCUUGUUGUUGAUGUUAUUGAUGACCUUGCAAAAGAAACAUUUGUUAAGCAUUCAUUUAGUGAACCGUUGGAAGCAUGUCUUGCACUUAGUAUAAAAAUGGAAGAAAAGGAAUCUAAUUUUGUUGAGUCUUUGAUGAGGUUAGAAGGUCAGGGUUAUUUGCCUACACAUCUUAGUAGGAAAUAUGAAGAUUUAGGUAGUGGCAACCCUUUUCCACUCCCUUCUAAUGAAACACCACCUCUAUUUGAAAUUAAACCACUUCCAUCACAUCUGAUAUAUGUUUUCUUGGGUGUAAAUGAUACUUUUCCUAUGAUUGUUUAUGCUGAUUUGCUUCCUGCAGAAGUAGAAAAAUUGAUGAGAAUAUUGAGGCAAUUUAAGAUUGCCUUCGGGUGGUCUAUUGCUGAUGUUAAGGGGAUUAGUCCCUCAAUUUGUAUGCACAGGAUAUUGAUGGAAGAAAAUCAUACCCCAAGGGUGGAAAGUCAAAGGCGCCUUAAUCCUAACAUGACAGAAGUCGUACGUGCUGAAAUUCACAAGCUUAUUGAUGCAGGUAUUAUCUAUCCCAUUUCUGAUAGUGCAUGGGUUAGUCUUGUACAUGUUGUUCCUAAAAAGGGAGGUAUCACUGUUCUUAAAAAUGAUAAAGAUGAGUUGAUUCCUACUAAACUGUCACAACUUGGAGACGUUGUGAAGAGACAAAUCUUGUGCUUAAUUGGGAAAAAUGCCAUUUUAUGGUACCUGAAGGUAUACUUUUCUAAAGUUAAGGUUAUUGAAAAGUUGCUCCCCCCUUCUUCGGUAAGAGCUAUUAGAAGUUUUCUAGGCCAUGCUGGUUUUUAUAGGAGGUUCAUUAAAGAUUUUGCUAAGAUUGUAAAACCUCUUUGCAAUUUGUUGGUUAAAGAUGUCCCUUUUGUGUUUGAUGAUGCAUGUUCAAAGGCAUUCAAUAGCCUUAAACAAGCUUUAAUUUCAGUCCCCAUUAUGGUUGCACCUAAUUGGACUUUACCUUUUGAACUUAUGUGUGAUGCUAGUAAUUUUGCAUUAGGUGCUGUUUUGGGACAAAGAAGAAAUAAAAAGUUGCCUGUGAUUUCUUAUGCAAGCAAAGUAUUAAAUGAUGCUGAAAAUAAUUAUGCAACUACUGAAAAAGAAUUUUUUGCCGUUGUUUUUGCUCUUAACAAAUUUUUCUUUUAUCUUGUUGGAUCAAAGGUAAUUGUCUACACAAAUCAUUCACCCAUUAAAUAUUUGUUUCUUAAAAAGGAUUCCAAACCUAGAUUGAUCCGUUGGGUUUUGUUAUUGCAAGAAUUUGACUUGAAAAUUAGAGAUAAGAAAGGAACUGAAAACUUAGUGGCUGAACACUUGGCAGGGUUGGAACAUAUGGAAAAAUCUGAUGUUGAGGAGUCCAUAAAUGAUGAGUUCCCUGAUGAAAGACUAUGGUUUAUUAAAGAUAAUGUUGUACCUUGGUUUGCUGAUUUUGUUAACUUCCUGGUUGGUAACAUUAUUCCACAUGAUUUUAAUACUUACCAGAAAAAGAAGUUUUUUUCAGAAAUCAAGCACUAUUUUUGGGAUGAACCGUUGCUUUUCAGGAGAUGUGCUGAUGGGAUUGUUAGGCGAUAUGUACCUGAAGAGGAGAUGGUCCAAAUACUCUAUCACUGUCACUCUUCUCCAUAUGGUGGACACCAUGGAGGUAACAAAACUGCUGCUAAAGUCUUACAAAGUGGUUUUUAUUGGCCAACUUUGUUCAAGGAUGCACAGGGCUACGUCAUGGCAUGCGAUAGAUGCCAACGUACAAGUACAAUUGGAAGGAGACAUGAAAUGCCUCAACAUGGAAUCUUUGAGGUAGAACUUUUUGAUGUUUGGGAUUUAGAUUUUAUGGGACCUUUUCCACCUUCUCAUGGGAAAUUGAAGUCUAGAUGGUCAGGUCCUUUUGUGGUCACUAAACCUCAUUCCAAUGGGGCCAUAGAGAUUGAAGGAGAUGAGAAGAGCCCUUUAAUAGUCAAUGGGCAAUGA